AUGAGCACGAGCAAUGCUCCACGGCCUAGACUGGCCAUGUCCUCGGCCGAUACGACCCAGGCUCAGGAACGGCCACCGAGGAGAUGUCGUACCAGCAAGCCGAAAGUCAAAACAGGUUGCAAUAAUUGCAAACAACGACGUAUUAAAUGCGACGAGAAACGGCCAGCAUGCACUCAGUGUGUUCGGUCUAAGAGGAAUUGCACCGGCUAUCCGCCUCCUCCGCGGAGUGAACACACGAGACUGAUUGCGCCUGCGCCUAGUACUAUCACCGGUCAUGCUAAUUCCAUCACGUCAACGGACCGUGUCAUCCGGCCGGUCCGGACCCAGCCUCAACCGCGGCCAGUGGUCGCGAUGGCACGACCGGAACCUCAGCAGCAGCAGCUGAGCGCUAAAGGCUUUACUCCCCCGCAGACACCCGUAUCUAGUUCAUUAACAGUUCAUCGGCCGUCUCUGCUCACCUUUGAUCCGAUAGAAGGCCCGUAUUUUCAAAUUUUCAGAGAGCGUACGGCUAGUGAGUUGUCGGGAUUCUUCGACUCGUCUUUCUGGACAAGGAGUGUUUUACAAGAAUGCCAUUCCGAGAAAGCUAUUCGGCACUCAGUUGUCGCUUUAGGGGCUCUUUACAAGACACUGGAGAAAAUGUCAGAGUCGCCGCCCAAUUCGCCAGCUCCUAUGAUCGAUCUGACAGAUAAUGCGGCCCGGCACUGGGAGGUCGCCUUCAAGCAUUAUUCAUUGGCUCUGAAUUCGAUGUGGGUCAUGACUUCUCAGGACCAAGCGUCGCAGAGGAUGAGUCUCAUGGCGGCAGUGUUGCUGGCUUGCUUUGACUCGUUCAUCGGUGACCAUAAACAGGCGAUCGGCCAAAUCCAAAGCGGUCUCCGGCUGCUAGAAAAUCUGCGUGCUCAACGUAGAAAUUCUUUCCUUCCUAAACCUGAAGAGCCGGUUGAACAGGACCUUGUUCAGAUGUUCACUCGGUUGGCCAUUCAGGCGAAAUCUUACGACAUGGCUUUCCAUUUCCCUCAACCAUUCGUUAUACGCCUUACUCCACAACACACCGAAUACCCCAUGUCCCCCCUCUCCGAUGGGGAUUCACCAGCGUUAACAGCCCAACCGCAGGCUCCAGAAAUAUUUCAAUCAUUACUCGAAGCGAGAAUGGCAUGGGAUAAUCUAUGCGAGCAGAUGAUGCGGUUUACAGAAAAUCUAUUCACAUUCACGACAGCGAUGAGCCCCAUGGGCGUGCUUCCAAAUUCUUUAAGACAGUAUGGUACGGGCUUCGCUGAUAGAAUAUCCGCCUGGUCCAGGGCUUUCGAACCUAUAUUGUCAUCUCGUAUAAUACCCGCCAAGAGUAGCCAAGAGAAAACCGCAAUCGCAGUUCUGAAAAUGAAUCAAAUUAUGGGCGAGAUUCUAUUUUAUAUGACAUUUAGUGAUACAGAACUUCAAUUCGAUACAUACCUACCACAGUUUAAGGAUAUUGUUAACCUAGCUGUGGAGGUUGUCGGAGAUGAAGAGCGCAGGGCUGCUGCCAAGCGAUGUCCGAAUCCGGAAUUUUGUCAUCAUCAGCCAACUCAUCCAGACGCCUUUGGCGGACAGUACACAGCUCGGCAUAUCAAGCCGAGCUUUAGCGCAGAUCUGGGCAUCGUCCCUCCUCUUUUUGUUGUUGCCACGAAAUGUCGAGAUCCCGUGACCCGGCGCCAGGCUAUACAGCUGCUGCGAACUAGCUCGCGAAGAGAAGGUAUGUGGGAUAGCGAGCUAGCGGCUCGUAUAGGUAUGUGGAUUAUGGAAAUAGAAGAGAGCGAUGACGGCGCCGAUGACUUCGGACGUCCUACGUCGAGCUCAACCGAUAUGAGCAGACUUUCUACAGGAAGCCCUAGCGCCCUAACUGCUAGAUCUCCUAGCAUUGGAAACGAUAUUCCCCUUGGUCCCGGCGGUAAUGCCCGCUGGACAGGUCGGAGGGAGAGUGUACCGAUAUCACCGUAUGUGAGGAGGGCUAUACCGGAAGAAAGGCGUGUUAUGGUACGGGCUGUCGAGUUCGAUCUUCGCGAACGUGUUGCAACGAUUCAAUGUGGUACACGAGGACUGAUUCCCGGCAUGCUGGACCCGCGAACACAAGCCACUAGGAUCGAGUGGUGA